UGUGGGAAUUGGCCUACACGUUAUGGCUUUGGUUGUUUUCAAAUAGCGCGCAACCAGCGUUGUUGGUCCUUCUGUGACCCUCAAAACAAAUUGGGUUCCGAUCACACCACCAUGAAAUAGUCCGAAUCCUACCCAGAAAGCACAUAAGGGGAACCAUCUAAAACCGUUUCUUUAAUGAAAUGAAGUCUGCCACUCCAUAUGAGCUCCAGGAUCGCUCCAACGAGGACGAACGGUCUUGCAGCUCCAUCCGAUGAGGAUGAUGCGACCAGAAUUGGUUGCUGCGCAUGGUUGGGGUGUGCAUUUUGGAAGCGGAGAACGGGCCAUGGAACUCCUGAGCUUGCGGUUCCCCAAAUAUCUGUGGAUAAAAGAGAGGAAGAUGAAACUACAUCCCCACAAGUUGCGGAAGAAUCUUCAGAUCUCAUCCCUGAGGCGAAACUUGAUCCUGCUGGCCGCGUUCGUAACGUUCGUCAAACUCAUGCGCCAGCCCUUCCAAAUGAUUGGAAGCAGAUCUUUCGGAGGUCGGAAAGUCAAGAGCUGAGUUCAAAUACUGAAGCAAAGAAACGGAAAAGGACAAAUGUUGUAAAACCUGUUGACGACGGGAUCGCAGUGAAACCUGUUGCGAAACGAGAUCCUCUUCCUCCAAUCCGCACUGCACCUCGGCCGCCCGGACAACUGGAUGAAAUUUCAACGACCUCAGUAAAACCCAUUGAACAGCUUUCUCCUCCCCAAGACUUGACACACAACGCCUCGCAUAGUAACCUGAAAGGGUUCUCUUCGGGGACCAGUCUACGUGGCAGCUGGAACCAUCUCGCCCGGACCUUGCGUCAUGCAUUCAGUUACAGCCGAGAGAACAUAAUCACAGAACCUCUGCGAAUUUUCGUUGGAACUUGGAAUAUGAACGCCCGGCUACCGACAGGCAAUAUAAGCUCCUUUUUGGGUGACCGUCGCACCAAUACCCGGCCACCUUUCAAGAACUGUCAGUUGCUCAUCAUCGGCACCCAGGAAUGCGAAGAACGCCUCGAAACGGCAGGAAUUCGUCAGCCUAAAGAGAAAUCCCGGUGGCUCGAGCUGUUGAAAGAAGUGAUUGGACCCCGCUAUGUCCUUGUAGGAACUAAAACGCUAGUUGGGUUACAUCUGGCAAUAUUUGUCGUGCGAUGGACUGCAAAAAAUGUUCAAGAUGUCAUGUCAGGAGACGUCAAAGUGUAUCUCAAUGGUGCAAAAGGAGCAGUGGGGAUCUCAUUCCAGUUCUGCGGACGCUCAUUCUGCUUUAUAAAUGCGCACCUUAAAGCACAUGAAGGAGCUGUGGAACGUCGUAACGCUGACUGGAAAAAAAUAAACGAAACAAUGCCAUUACCUGGAUACGGGCCCGAAGAUGGGGGCUGUACUGGUGUGGUGGAGCGAUUUGAUUAUGUCUUUUGGAUGGGAGAUUUGAACUAUAGGACAAACUUGGGUGUCAAUAAAGUGGGACUCGCAAAAGCCCUGCUUGGGAAAGAAGAGCCGGAGAUUGGGAUCUUCCUGGCAAACGAUGAGCUUCGCCGCGCCUAUGAAGCCAGCCUCAUAUUUCCAGGAUUCUCCGAGGGAAACAUCAAAUUCAAACCGACCUUCAAGUUUGACACGCUACCUGGUUCUCCGACAUCUCCCACAUCUCCACCAUCAACCCCUUCCAGUCUCUCCUUCAUGCCCGGUUAUGAUUCAUCAUCCAAGCAACGUAUGCCGAGCUACACUGAUCGGAUACUGUUUCGGACAAGACUGCAGUCAACAUCAGGGACCACGAAAAGUACCGCGGGCUUAAACGCAAUCACGGCACUAGGAGCAGGACUCAAUCAACGGGUUCAUGUGGAAGUGUAUACCGAUUGCCCAGACGUCAUUGACAGUGAUCAUAAGCCUGUCUAUGGGAUAUACAGACUGGACGAGGAACUGCAAAUAGAUCUAAAUGAAGAGACUGAAGAACGAUUGCAUGCGCAUAUUCCACAACCAUCGAGGUGGCGGCGAUGGUUACCGGGCAAGAAACAGCAGAUUUCUCCAGAAUAGAAUACUUUGUACUUAAUCUGUGUAUUUAGUGGAAAUCAUAAUCGGGAACUGCUACUCGUCG